ACAGGAUCACGUUGGCUGCUCUAUCGAGCUGCUGCUGAAGCAUCUGCAGCGCUGCUUGGCCGUUUUUGUUUCAUUCCAGGUGCCAGAGACUGGAGAUUGUCAUCGACACCCACUGCUGAGGAUGUGUGUGAGUAUUUCGAUGCGAGUUCGGAUGGGAUGGAUUCACUGAAAGGAAUAAUCCCACCGAGGAAGACAACAAACAUGACAGGCAUCCUGUUCCCCUGACGAUUCUCGGAGGUGCAGUCGUAGUUCGGGGCCGGACAUGGUUUUAAUCUGGGGAGUUGCUGUAUAGCGGAUACGGGAUGGUGUGCGCCGCACCCCGAGACAUAUUGAUACGGAGAACACAUCCCUGUCCUUUAAUGCCUCUCGACCGAUACGGAUUUUUCCUGGACUGUGGCGCAGAGUGAGCAUCUUGUUUGUUUGUUUUUUGACAUGGCUAUGACGGUUUGGGGACCUUCCGAUGUAGAGGGAGUGUGCUGUUUUGUCUGAAGCGAUCAACUGAGCACUGUUGCUCUCACCCAGAGAAGAGAACCCGGGCUGAGCUGGUCAUUUCGACACACAAUAUUAACCUUCACCAUGGCCGAGAGGACACUGGAGCAGGGCUCGGUCAGCAUCCCCAUGGAGGAGACCAAAGUCCACAGCGGAGCGCCGCCGGAGGCGCCGCUGCUCAUCCACUUGAAGAAAGUGGAGAACCACAUCACUGAGGCUCAGCGCUUCUCCCACCUCCCACGCCGCUCUACUGUGGACCUGGAGUUCAAUGAGCUCUCGUACACCAUCCGCGAGGGUCCCUGGUGGAGGAGGAGAGGUUACAAAGCCCUCCUCAAGUGUCUGUCAGGAAGAUUCAAAAGCAAAGAGCUCAUUGGCAUAAUGGGGCCUUCUGGAGCUGGGAAAUCCACUCUGAUGAAUAUUCUGGCGGGGUACAGGGAGACGGGCAUGAAGGGCCAGAUCCUGGUGAAUGGCCGACCAAGGGACCUGAGGACCUUCAGGAAGAUGUCCUGCUACAUCAUGCAGGAUGACAUGCUGCUGCCACACCUCACUGUGAGGGAGGCCAUGAUGGUUUCUGCCAAUCUGAAACUGAAUGAGAGCAUGCAGGUCAAAAAAGAGCUUGUGGAUGAGAUCCUGACUGCUCUGGGUCUUCAGGAGUGUGCUCAGACACGCACCAACUGUAUCUCUGGAGGCCAGUGUAAAAGACUGGCCAUCGCCCUCGAGCUGGUCAACAAUCCACCCGUCAUGUUUUUUGAUGAGCCCACCAGUGGUUUGGACAGUGCGUCCUGCUUCCAGGUGGUUUCCCUCAUGAAGUCUUUGGCUCUGGGAGGACGGACAAUCAUCUGCACCAUUCACCAGCCCAGUGCCAAGCUCUUUGAGAUGUUUGAUAAGCUGUACAUCCUCAGUCAGGGUCAGUGCAUAUACAAGGGCACAGUCCCUUACCUCAUCCCUUAUCUGAAGAACCUGGGCCUCCACUGUCCAACGUAUCACAAUCCUGCUGACUUCAUCAUUGAGGUGGCGUCAGGGGAGUAUGGCGAUCUUAAUCCAGUGCUGUUUGAGGCUGUCCAGGGUGGACUGUGCUCCGAGGAGGGCAAGAAGAACUCCAGAGACAAAAAUGACCCUUCCUCUCCCUCUCAAUGUCCUAGUGACACAGGAACACUUGAGAAACACAGCUUUGCCACCAGUACAUUCACACAGUUCUGCAUCCUCUUCAAAAGAACUUUUGUAACAAUAUGCAGAGACAUGGUGCUGACCCACCUCAGGGUGAUGUCCCAUAUUUGUAUCGGAGUGCUGAUUGGCCUGCUUUAUCUCAACAUUGGAAAUGAUGCCAGCAAGGUCUUCAACAACACUGGUUUUCUCUUUUUCUCCAUGUUGUUCCUCAUGUUUGCUGCCCUGAUGCCCACCAUCCUAACCUUUCCUCUGGAGAUGUCUGUGUUUAUGAGGGAACAUCUCAACUACUGGUACAGCCUGAAGGCCUAUUAUUUGGCCAAAACUAUGGCUGAUAUACCAUUCCAGGUGCUUUGUCCAAUCAUGUAUUGUAGUAUAGUGUACUGGAUGACUGAUCAGCCUCCAGAGGCGAGUCGCUACCUGCUCUUCAUGGCCUUGUCCACGUCCACGGCCCUGGUGGCCCAAUCCCUAGGUCUGCUUAUAGGGGCUGCAUCCACAUCUCUUCAGGUAGCAACCUUCGUGGGUCCAGUCACAGCCAUACCUGUACUCCUCUUCUCUGGCUUCUUUGUCAAUUUUGACACCAUUCCCAAAUACCUACAGUGGAGCUCUUAUGUUUCCUAUGUCAGGUACGGUUUUGAGGGGGUGAUACUCUCCAUCUAUGGGAUGAACCGGUCGGAGCUGCAGUGUCCGGGCGUGGUGUGUAAGUUCCAAAAACCAGAGGAGGUCCUGCAGCUGCUGGAUGUGGAAGACGCAAAGCUCUACGUGGACUUCAUAAUGCUGGGGGUUUUCUUCCUGGUCCUUAGACUGGCUACUUACCUGGUACUGCGCUACAAAGUCAAGUCAGAGCGUUAAGACGUCCAGAGGCUGAUGGAUUUGGACGCCUGCACACUUCCCAGCAGUGUGGGAUAGUAAGCAAACAUAUAUCUCUCUUUCUCUGUCUUUACUUUACAUACAUGUACAAAGACAUACACAAGUCCAGCACAUAACAUCAUCAGAAAGCUGUGCUGCACCACCAAACUGUACAGUAUAAUAUUCUCUUUUAAACAGUUUGUUAUUC